UUCAUAUAUACCCCAUUCAUGCCGUUGAAUAAUCUCCACAGUAGUCGAUCAUCUUAUCCUCAUCGAGUCAUUAUCAUCAUGAUUGUCAUAGCAGGAUAUAAAUACCCAAUGAAUUCAUUGUUCUUGGAUAUAUCUUUGUAUUGUGCUUCAUUUCUUUUUGUUUCCACUGACCAAGAGGUUAAAGCUUCAGAGAAAAUAAAAAACCAUGGAAGUAGUCCAAGAUGUUGUGAUUGUGGGAGCUGGAAUUUCUGGCCUUACAACCUCCUUGGGACUUCACAGGCAAAGUCAAAAUUUUGGUGCAGGCUGGGUAUUAGAAGCUUAGUGCUGGAAUCAUUUGAUAGCUUGAGGACAACAGGGUUUGCACUCGCAAUAUGGACUAAUGCGUGGAGGGCUUUAGAUGCCCUUGGUAUUGGCAAUGAUAUCCGGCAGCAACACCAGGCUCUUCAUGGGAAUGUGGCUUUCUCAAGAAUUUCAGGGCUUCAGAUGUUUGAGAAGUCGUAUGAUGUCAAAGGAAAACUUGGAGACCAUGAAGUUUAUUGUGUGAAAAGGAAGUUGUUGUUGGAAACCCUUGCCAGGGAACUCCCUAAUGGUACCAUUAGGUUCUCAUCAAAGGUUGUUUCCAUUGAGGAAUCAGGCUACUUUAAGCUGGUGCAUCUUGCAGAUGGAACCAUCCUCAAAGCCAAGGUUUUGGUUGGUUGUGAUGGAGUGAACUCUGUGGUGGCAAAAUGGCUGGGCUUCAAGAAGCCAGUUUUUAAAGGGAGAUCCGCCGUUAGAGGUUGUGCUGAUUUCAACAGCAGUCAUGGUUUUGAUCCCAAGUUCAUGCAGUACUUUGGGAAUGGUAUUAAAACUGGUACCAUUCCUUGUGAUGAUAAAACUGUUUACUGGUUCUUCGGUUGGUAUCCCUCCAACCAAGAGGAAGAGCUAAAGAAAAACCCAGCUCAGUUGAAGCAAUAUAUGUUAAGCAAGCUCGGAAAGGUAUCAGAUGAAGUAAGGGCUGUUGUGGAAAACACUGAUUUGGAUGCUUUUAGAGCCGCUCCAGUGACAUACAGGCAUCCUUGGGAACUUCUUUGGGGAAAUAUUAGUAAAGGUAAUGUAUGCGUUGCUGGAGACGCUCUCCACCCCAUGGUCCCAGACAUUGGCCAAGGCGGCUGUGCUGCAUUAGAAGACGGUGUUGUAUUAGCAAGGUUUCUCGGUGAGGCACUGUUGAAGAACCAGGAGCAAGAAAAUAAAGAUAAAGGUGAAGAAGGAAAAGAAAAAUAUAAGAGGAUUGAAAUGGGGCUGAAUAAGUAUGCCAGUGAGAGGAAAUGGAGAAGCAUAGAUCUCACUAGUACAUCUAGUGUGGUUAGUUAUAUACAGGUAGCUGAUGGUGGAAAAAUAACUGCUUUCUUGAGGGACAAGAUUUUCGCUCCAAUCCUGACCUGGUUGCUGUUUAAGAAGGCUGAUUAUGAUUGUGGGAAGCUCAGGAGCCCUUAAAUGCAAUGAUGCAUCCUCUGUAUAAUGGUUAUUCUUCUAUAUCACUCAUAUUUUGUAAUUUCAAUCAUCCACGUACUGUAAUACCAAGAAUAUUGGAGGGCGCUGGGUUUCUGUUUUAAAAAUCCUGUAAUGGAAGAGAAUAAAAUUCAUGUUAGUGUUGUAAAUAUUUGUGGAUAAUCAUGUAAAUAGAUGUUGAGUAAUAGGUGUCUAUCUCUAUAGAUUGGUGAUUGAUAGGUUGUAAUUGUAGGAGUGAUUGAAUUGUAAUUGAGCAUUACCUUUUUGUGUACACCAUGUAGUCCUAUAUAAGGCUCCUCAUGGUGAGAUGAAUAACACACAUUCUAUUCCCUA